AUGAUGUCUCGCACCACCACAGUGAUGUCUUCCUCUGAUGGUAAUUGUGGUCACUGGAUCGUUCGUCACAGAAUCUGCCUCACCUGUAAAAAGAAGGUAAGUCAUCUCGAAGAAGACCGAGCAUUCAACUAUCUGUUCUCCGGUUUAUGUCUGACCAACGAAGCUAUGCCUUUUACAAAGCGUCUCGUAACCCUAAUCACGAUUUACGACCACAAGAAGCUUCACUUGGUACUUGACUUGGACCACACGCUAAUCAACUCCGUUUCGGUUUCUAAUCUUUCCCAAGCAGAGAAGUAUCUAAUUGACGAAGAGAGAUCAGGUAAAUGGGAAAACCUAGGGAAAUACGAAGACAGAUUAAUAAAGUCUCGACCUUUCCUUCAAGAGUUCCUUGAAGAAGCCAGCAAGCUCUUCAACAUGCAUGUUUACACAAAAGGCAGUUCGGGUUACGCUCAAGCUGUUGUGAAGAUGAUUGAUCCAAACAAAACUUAUUUCGGGGGUCGAGUGAUAAGCAGAAGAGAGAGUCCUUACAACAAAACACUUGAUCUUGUCUUAGCUGAUGAGCGUGGAACCGUGAUAGUGGAUGAUACGGUUGAGGUUUGGCCUCAUCACCAGAAAAACUUGUUGCAGAUUAGAAGAUACCUGUAUUUCAAACACGAUUGUAUAAACAAAAAGUCGUACGCAGAGAGGAGGAGGGACGAGAGUAGAAGCAGCAAAGGAGGAUUGGCCAAUGUCUUGAAAUUCCUAAAGUUAGUUCACAAUGGAUUUUUUAGCUGUGGAGUUGGAGAAGAUUUGGAGUCAAAGGACGUUAGGUCGUUGAUCAAUGGUCCUUUCAAACUAUAUGGAUGUUGA